UGAUGAGAAGUUUAUCUAAAUCAGGUCUCGGCUCAGAGUGGUAUCACAGUCAUAAUUUCAAAAAAGAAUUAGCUAAGAAAACGAAGAAAACUUCUUCAAUUAUUUUCUUCUUAAAGAAACCGAUGCAAAGAGUGAUCAGACAAAACGCUGACCUCGCUGCGUUUCGCUCAUUCGAACUGAAUUCCUACUUGAAACGACUUCGUAGAAAGAAGAGGGUAAAAGAAAUGGCACCCUUCAAAGCUCUGGAGCUAGAGUACCCAAUAAUCGACUCCAAUUUCCAGACUUUUUGCGCCUCACAUGGCAUUCUCUCAGUGGAAGAUUUCCUCAUUCACGACCUGUAUGAGUUGGCUGCGUUUGCAAAACAACAGCCCACCUCGGAAAAACUAGAGCAGGGCAUUACCCAGAUCCUCUCUAUUAUUGAUGCUCAGCACCAACCAUGGGUGAAUGGUAUGCAACUUUUAGAUGAUGCUCUACAUAGGAAACACGUAAUUCCAACUGGCUGUGAAGGGGUUGAUUUGUUACUGGGAGGUGGAUUACUUGAGGGACAAUUAACUGAACUUGUUGGGCCGUCAUCUUCUGGUAAAACGCAAGUCUGCCUGCUUGCUGCCUCAUAUCUUGCAUCAAAGCACAUGGGUACUGUUGUAUAUCUAGACACAGGAAACUCUUUCUCCACCCAACGAAUUGCAGAGUUUGUUGGUCGAUUCUCUAACCACAUGUUUAGUCAGGUUAUACCAUUACUUUUGGGCCAAAGGAAUUUUCAGAAAGUAAUGAACAACAUCUUGUGCCAUUCCGUGUUUGACAUCUUUACAAUGUUCAAUGUGUUACAUCAGCUGGAGUUCAAUUUGAAAUCUCAGCUGCAGAAAGGAGGGCAGGUGCGGUUGCUUAUUGUUGAUUCGAUCUCUUCACUAAUUACCCCAAUUCUUGGGAAUAUAGGUUCACAGGGACGUGCUUUGAUGACAUCUGCUGGAUAUUUGUUAAAGAAAUUAGCACAUGAGCAUAAUAUUGUGGUACUGGUGACCAAUCACACAGUAGGUGGAGAGAGAGGUAUUCCAAAACCAGCUCUUGGCCAGAUCUGGAAGACCGUCGCACAUGUGAGGCUUCUGCUUUCCGCUGACCAUGGAAAUGAUACCCGGAGUAUUUCUGUGCUAAAACACCCAUCUAUGGCUUCUGGCAAGGUUGCAAGGUUUAGAGUGUAGGGGGAAUAGCAUACAUGCAAUAUAUUAGGAAGAGUGAAUCAUUGAGAAUUCAAGCUGUUCUUUAAGAGGAGCUGUUAGCAGCCUUAAUGUAAUUUCUCUCUUUCUGCGGUAGAGAUUCUGACCAUCAAUUAACUAGGAACUGGCCUGGCCCUUAUUACACCAAUUAGUUCCCAUCUUGAGAACGCAAAUCAGCUCAGGGUUUCUAAAUGCACCUAACUAUUGAAUCAAUAUAUUCAGCAUCCAAGACAGUUCCAGUUUUCUUAUUUGGUCAAAAGUGCAGCCAUCUUUUGAAGAAGCAGGAGACUAAAUUCUACACUCUCUUUUGUCUUAUAGCAAUACUUCUGUGCUGUCAUGAACGUGUUGAGCCCUGAUGAGCUCAGCUAGCUUUAUAUACAGCUGCAGUUAGAAUAUUGUUAGUCUACGUAGUUUAAUUUCUCUGUAUUAGUAGAUUCCUCACCCAGAGCAGUUGCAAUAUUUUAUUUUAUUUUAUUUUAUAAUAAUAAUAAUUAUUAUUAUUUUUUACUGGCAA